AUGCCUAAAAUUGGCGAUUUAUUUCUGAUAUUCACUCUUUUCCCACAAUUAUUUUUUGCCACUUCGUUGGGUGCCACGAAAAACGCGUCGAUAGGUUACUGUGCUGUCGGUUUAUUCUCAUGCGACACAUCGUAUCGAAAUACUCGCUGCAUUCCGCAGAAAUGGCUCUGCGACGGCGAGAUCGACUGUGUUGAUAGAAGUGAUGAAGCACAGAAUUGUGAGAUCCAAGAAUGUCGACCGGAAGAGUUUCGAUGUCAAAAGUCAGGUCUGUGCCUGCCGGGAGUGUACAGAUGUGAUCGUGAAGUGGAUUGUGGAGAGGAUGUGCACGGAGUGAUCGACGAUUCGGAUGAGGAUACGGAAAUGUGCGGAAGCCCAAUCACAUGUGAGCCAAAUUUUCACGCCUGUUUGACCACUCAAAUCUGCAUUCCGUUGGAUCGUUUUUGUAAUGGAAUUCUGGAUUGUAAAGACGGCACAGAUGAGGGGCAAUUUUGCGACAAAAUACGCCCUAGUGGAUGCAAAUUUGGCGGCUCGCCGACAAUCAACGCUGGCUAUCGAUGCUAUUGUCCGAGGGGGCAGGAACCAAAAGGCAAUGAUUGUAUCGACGUGAACGAGUGUGAACAACGAUUGAAAGGUCUUCCACCAGUUUGCUCUCAAAAAUGCGAAAAUCUCGAGUACAAGAACGCGACAAGUGCAGGGUUUUCGUGUAGUUGUGAGGAGGGAUUCGAGCUGAUCGAUGGGAGGAAAUGCGUGCCGAAAACGGAUUCAAAUUCUGCUCUUUUUCUCAUCAGCGACUCAUCAAUCUCGUCUCGAGAUCUCGCAAAAAUUCAAGGUGAUCGACUACAAGAAACGACUGAAAAGGACCUUAAUGCUUUUGAUAUCGAUAUCGCCCAAGGAAGAGCGUGUUUCGUGAGCUCACGAAUCAUCGUUUCCGAUAAUGUGGAUAUUGACGAUGAAUCGGUAUUUGAGUGUGCGCCGGUGAAAGAUGGUAAACUCGGGAGUACGACGUUGUCCAUUGCGCCGAACACUUAUCAAUUGUCAAAUGUAAAACUUCUAAAAUUCGAUUGGAUUGCGCGCAAUUGGUACCUCGUCGACACGACUGGACGAGUGAUCAUUUUGUGUGCUGAUGAACGGUUCACUUUGUGUAAAACGAUUGUCUACAAUGGAGUCGACAAGCCGGCUGAUCUCGUUGUUGAUCCAAUCAACGGUUAUUUAUUCUAUGCGGAUUUUGGCACAAAACACACCGGCGUCUGGCGUUUUAAUCUUGAUGGAACCGAGAGGAAAAAUAUGAUUGACAAGGGAGCGGUGAUGCUACAAGCGUUGGCGAUCGAUAUCCAUUCGAAGACGUUAUACUAUUUGGAUACGUAUUUGGAGUUGAUCCGAGCCAUCAACUAUGAUCAAGCGGGAAAAUCACGAAUUGUAGCCAGUGGGAGAAUUCUCAAAUCAAUGUCUGGGAUGGUUGUGCUGGGCACGAGACUUCUGUUGGUCGGAAGGAAAAAAAUCGUUGAAUAUGACACGAUGAAGAAUAGCACUCAAAAAGCCGUUCUUUACGACGAUUACAAUGUGGAGAAAAUGGUGGAUCGAGUCGCGAUUUAUCAUGAAAGUUUGCAAAUGAAAGCUCCGAACGCAUGCCAAAAAAACAACGGUGCUUGUUCGGAUAUUUGCGUUUCAAUGCCCGGAAAAGAGGGACCAAAAGCGAAAUGUUUAUGUAAAGAAGGUUACACGAAUCGUGAUGGGAAAUGCGUGAUUGGUGGAGUGGGUGAUCCGUUGUUGAUCUUUGCUCGAAUACGACCAGCGAGCAUAGCCGGGAUUCCGCUACAAAUCGAGAGCACACCAUUGAAUACUUCAAAAGUCGAGCAACUGAUGCCCCCAAUCCAGCACCUCUUUCGGCCAACAGCUCUAACGAUUGACUCACAAAAAAUGCAUCUUUAUUUCUCAGAUGCUCGCAAUUUCACAAUCUAUCGACGAUCGAUUCAGAAAACGGAACUCGAAGUGGUGAUUGAGUCGGGUCUCUCCAAUUGCGAGGGUUUAGCAUAUGAGUGGACAUCUGGGAACAUCUACUACACUGAUCAAGGUCUGCGUCAUGUCGGGGUUUUCUCGAGUCGCAAUCCGAAACACCGAAAGAUUCUCCUCGACACUGAGAUGCGAAAUCCGCGCGCGAUUGCUGUUCAUCCAAUUAAGGGAUAUCUCUUCUUCUCGGAUUGGUCAGAGAACGCGGAUGGAAAAGCGAAAAUCGAGAGAGCAAAACUGGAUGGAUCUGAACGAAAGACUUUGAUAAAUCGAAGAAUUCAAUGGCCAAACGGUUUAUCGAUCGAUUUCGAGAACGAUUUUCUGUACUGGUGCGACGCUUUUUAUGCGCACAUUGAGCGGAUUCGACUGAAUGGAAGCGAUAGAGAAAUUGUUGUCGCUUCUCAAUGGGUCAAUCACCCUUACGGACUCUCCGUCUACAAUGGUUUUCUCUUUUGGUCGGAUUUCAAGGCUGGAGUGAUUAAACGAGCGCUUCUCUCAAGCACAUCAAAUGCGACGAAUGUUGUGACGAUCUAUGAAGAGACGUCACCGAUUUUUGAGCUUCAAAUCUACGAACAAAAUCUGCAAAAAGAAACGACCGCUUGCUCGAAAGACAAUGGAGGCUGCGAGCAAUUGUGCUUUCCGAUGGGUUGCAAAGGAUCGGUCGGUUGCGAGCCGGGCAAGUGCGUUUGUGUGGACGGCUACAAAGUGGAUCCGUUGAAUAAAAAGAAAUGCAUAGUGGAUCCGAAUUACAAGCCGAAAGCGGUGUGCAACGACACGGCCAUGUUCAAAUGUUUGAGACAUCAAAAAUGCAUUGACAAGUCCCGACUUUGCGAUGGAGAAGACGAUUGCGGAGAUGAGAGUGACGAGGAUCCGAAGGGAGCUUGCAAAGAUUUCAAAUGCCAAAACGUAAAGGAUUUCAAAUGUGAUGGUACACUUUGCAUCGACGAGAAAUGGGUUUGCGAUGGUCGACCCGAUUGCAAAGAUAAAUCGGAUGAAGAUUCAAAAAGAUGUGAAGGAAAAGCAACCAUUUGCCCGAGUAAACAUUUCCAAUGCGAGAAAACGAAGCGCUGCAUUCCGGCCGCAUGGACUUGUGACGGGCAAAGAGAUUGUGGAGAUGGGGAUCGAUCGGAUGAAGUGAAAAACUAUGAUGGAGAGCUCUGUGCAGAAAUCAAAACUCGAUCCACUUAUGGCUGUAAACCCUCGGAAUUCUCUUGCUUAAACGGGAAAUGCAUUUUGAUGAAAUUCGUCUGCGAUGGGAUGCCCGAUUGUCGCGAUGCAAGCGAUGAGCUGAACUGUGAACAUGACUGUGUCCGUGGCUAUCAAUUCCAAUGUGGUGCUGGUCAACCGUGUCUCCCAGUCAGUUUCCAGUGUGACCAAGUGGUCGAUUGCCCGGAUGGGAGUGACGAAUCGAAUGCAACAUGCCCCGACUCCUUUACUCAAUCCAUUGCAAAAGGCGGUUGUGGUGAUAAAAUGUUCGAAUGUCUUCCGGGUUUUUGCAUCCGAGAAGCUUUUGUUUGCGAUGGGUCAGCGGAUUGCCCGAAUGGGAUCGAUGAGCUCAAAUGUGAAAAGAAACCGCUAACUUGUGCGGUGGAAAGCGAAUGGAAAUGUUUGGACGAGAGUCGAUGCAUUCCACACGCUUUUCUUUGCGAUGGUUUCAUCGAUUGCGGCGAUAAAAGCGAUGAGGCGAAUUGUGCUUCAUCAAAAACGGUGAACCCCCAUCGGUGCAUUGAGCCAAAUUUCCUCUGCCGAAAUGAUACUCGAAAUCGAUGCAUUAGUCCGGAAAAGGUAUGCGAUUUGAUUCAAGAUUGCCCGAAUGGUGAUGAUGAGGGUUUACUUUGUGGGGAGAGAAUGUGUCGUCGUGGCUCUCUCUGUGAUCACAAAUGUUUCGAUCGUCCCACCGGUUAUGUGUGCUCGUGUGAGGAUGGAUAUGCGUUGGAUAGUGAUGGGAAGACUUGUAAAAAAAAAGAUUCCUGUUCUUUCGGCGCCUGUUCCCAGCUCUGUGAGCCACAUGGAGCUUUACCGUAUUGCUAUUGCGAGGCUGGAUACGAGAUCAAAAGUGAUCUUUUCUCAUGCAAAAUCAGCGAAACCUCAGCCCGUCCCUCUUUUAUUUACACGAAUCGGCACGAGAUUCGAAUGCUGUCGUUUGGGAGUUCGCAAUCGAUUCCACUCACAUCAACGAUGCGAAAUGCGAUUGCGUUAGAUUAUUAUUAUGAAGAUGACGACAACAUCACAAUUUUUUGGACUGAUAUCGCUAAUGACAUGAUCUAUCGAGGAGAAUUAAUCAAAAAAGUACUUGUCAACAUUCAUCCUGUGAUUCGACACGGUUUAUGGACGGCUGAGGGUCUGGCUGUGGAUUGGUUAGGGAAGAAUAUUUACUGGGUCGACAGUUUUCUCGAUCAGAUCGAGGUAGCCAAAUUCGAUGGCUCAAUGCGAGCGACGGUGCUCCGCGGAAACAUGUCCAAUCUCCGAUCGCUGUCAUUGGAUCCAAAAAGUGGUUUAAUGUUCUGGACAGAUUGGGAAGAAACAAGACCGAGAAUCGAAAGAGCGACAAUGGCCGGCGAGGAUCGAAAAGUCAUUUUUGAGGUGAAAGGCGUGGUGACUGGAGGAUGGCCGAACGGGAUCACGUGCGAUUUGACUGCGCAAAGGAUUUACUGGCUUGACGCAAAAUCGGACAGCAUUCACACGAUCACCUAUGACGGAACUGAUCACAUCGAGGUGUUGCGAGAUAGCAGUCAUUUAGCUCAUCCGUUCUCGGUGGCUCUUUUCGAAUCGCAUGUCUAUUGGACUGAUUGGAGGAUUAUGGCUAUUGUCAGGGCCAACAAAUGGAAUGGAACCAAAGUGCAAAUCGUCGAGUCGACUUUCACGCAACCAUUUGAUCUGAAGAUCGUUCAUCGACUGAAACAACCCAGAAGCAUAAAAACGGGACCUUGUUGGCCGAAAAGCGACUGUUCACACAUUUGCCUUAUUAAUGGGAAAAUUGGAAGCAAGUGUGCUUGUCCGCAAAUGAUGCGCCUCAAAGCCGAUAAUAAGACGUGUGAAGGCAUUGAACAAACGCUUUUCAUUUCAUCAAACGGAUCUGUUUGGGCGAUUGAUCUCGAUCCACCGAACGACCCAGUAUUUCCAAUAAUCGGAAUGAGGGGACACGAUGCGAUCAAAUCGAUGAGCUCUGGUCAAGAAGCGGUUUAUUACGCGGACACACGACGCAAAGCGAUCUUCCGUGUGCCACUGCAUCAAGUGGAAGUGAUUGCUGUGCCGGCGCCGAUCAUCGCUAGGAAAAUCAAUCAAGUGGUGGCUGACGGGAAGAGGGAUUUGAUCUACGUGUUUGCCGGUGAGCGCAAUGAGCUGUGGAGAAUUGAGCGCGGCUCCUCGUCAGCUCGAAUGAUUCUCAGUGCGGGUGUGGCUCGUUUCACCGCGAUUGCCGUUGAGCCAAUCUCUGGAUUGAUUUUCGCAAGCAUGAGACUCUCCUCAAACACCGGAUUGAUUCAAGUGAUCCAUCCCGAGAACGGCACCUCAUUGGUACUAGUGAGAGACGAGGAAAGAGCGCCAACGAAUGUCCACGUUGAUGCAUCGCAGGGAGCUGGAUACAUUUUCUGGAUCUCGAAAGAUUCUGUGAAACGGUCAAAGCUCGAUGGAACCGAGGUGGCGACGGUUGUCCGAAAAGUUGUUGUACGAAUUGUGUUGGACGUGAAAGGACAACGUUUAUGCUAUGUGGAUGCCGAGAAGAGCUCGCUUGAUUGCUGUGAUUAUGAUGGACGGAAAGAGGAGAAAAACCUUGCCACCUUUGCACCACAAGGCAUAAAUGCACGGAUCGCUGUCGACAUUUCUGGAGAUCAGUUCGUCAUUUUCGAUAAGGGAAAAGCGAAUGGGACUGUGAUUGUUCACGAGAGGAGUGGUGCCGGGAAUUUUGUACUGAAAAGAGUGAUUCCAAUGGGGAAAAUGCGGCUGAUUGACGUGAAUCUUUACGACAAGACAGUGCCAGUGCCAACUAACGACUGCUCCAAAUCGAACUGUGCCCAGCUGUGCCUCUACACACAGACGCCCACUUGUCAAUGCUGGAAAGGAGUGGUGAAUGUAAAAGAUGGGCUGUGUCAAGACCCAAAUGCCUUCUUGGUCUUUUCCCGAUCUCGAUCGAUUCUUUUCCUGCAAAUCGAGAAUUCCUUAGUCGACAGUGGAUAUCCGAAGAUGGCUCAUGAUCCAAUCUCUGAUCCAUCUUUGGUUCGAAACGCUAUUGCUGUUGUCGUCGAUCAGGACAGAUCUCAAAUCUUCUACUCCGAUGCGCAAACUCGAAAAGUGCUCACCAGUGCAUUGGACGGCUCAAAUGCGUAUCCAAUUGUUGAAGAUAUCGGAAGUGUGGAGGGCGUUUCUCUUGACUCAGUCAAUCGAUAUCUUUAUUUCACCACCGGUGUCCCGCCCGCGAUUUGGCGAGUUUCCGUCGUUGAAGCCGAUCCGGCCACCUAUCCAAAGCGACCAGAGCUUCUCAUCAUGCUCUCGAUCGAGGAUAAACCGCGUGGAAUCGCUGUUCAUCCCUGCCGAAUGUUGAUCUUUUUCACGAAUUGGCAACUCCAACGACCGGCCAUUGAACGAGUCUACUACAGUGGAUAUGAUCGGAAACGAAUCAUCGAGACCGAUCUCGUCACCCCGAAUGGGAUCACCAUCGACUUUUCCGCUGAGAAGUUGUACUUCACCGAAGCGGAGACGGGAUCGAUUCAGCGAUCCGAUUUGGAUGGAUCGUUUAGAGAAACAAUUGUUUCAACGAUUAAUGCGACAACACCGAAAAACGCUACUGGUACAAAAACAAAUCACAAAACAUCUCAUCCAUUUGCGUUGGCGAUUUUCGAGAACACGAUUUACUAUUCGGAUUGGGUUCAGAGAGCGGUGGUCGCUGUCAACAAGUUGAGCGGUGAAAAUCGUCGAAUCGUCUAUCAGAAUAUGUCCGAUCAACCGAUGGGAAUCGAUGUUUGGAACACGAACAAAGAACCACUGUGCAGCAGUGAUCCAUGUUUGACAGCGAAUCUGAAAUGCGGUGAUUUCUGUCGAUUGUCGGCGAGUGGGGAACCACAUUGUGCUUGCAAUGGAGAGAGGACGAUGAAUGCGGACAAUAGGACUUGCUUGGGAGACGCAGCCGCUAUGAAAUGCGCGCAAAACGAGUUCCUCUGCGUGAAAAGCGAUCGUUGCAUUCCGGAUUGCGAGUGUAAACCUGGGCAGUUCAAAUGUGACACCGGAGAGUGCCGUCCAAAGGAGGCUCGCUGCAAUUUCCAGAAGGAUUGCAUUGA